AUGGAAAGGCAAAACCAGACUUUGGUGACCAUAUUUUUUCUCCAUGGUCUUGCUGCCUACCCCAACUUUCACUUUGCUUUCUUUCUGAUGUCCCUUAUCAUGUACAUCAUAAUCCUGUUGGGCAACAGUUUCCUCAUUACAAUAAGCAUCUUGGACUCUCACCUCCACACUCCCAUGUACUUCUUCCUCAGUAACCUUUCCUUCCUGGACAUCUGCUACACAUCUUCCUCUGUUCCUUUGUUACUUGUGAAUUUCAUUUCAGGGCAAAAAUAUAUCUCUUUUGUGGGAUGUGGGGUACAAAUGUUUUUCUCUCUUGGCCUUGGAUCCACAGAGUGUGUGCUUCUGACAGUUAUGGCAUAUGACCGUUAUAUGGCUAUUUGUAGACCCCUGAGAUAUCCCACCAUCAUGAACAAGUGGCUUUGUGGGUGGAUGGCGGCCAAUUCCUGGAUAACAGGAGGGCUAAAUUCAUUGGUACAAACAAUCCUUGCUAUGAGGUUGCCCUUUUGUGGGAACAAUGUCAUUGAUUAUCUUACAUGUGAAAUCUUAGCUGUGUGGAAAUUGGCAUGUACAAAUAUUUCUCUCAAUAAGAUUAUUAUGUUGAUAUCGAAUGUGUUUUUUUUAGUUAUUCCUGUAGUUUUAAUCUUCAUCUCUUACUCCUUCAUCCUUCUUACCAUCCUGAGAAUCAACUCAGCCAUAGGAAGGCAAAAAGCCUUUUCUACCUGCUCAGCCCACUUAACUGUAGUUAUCAUCUUUUAUGGCAGCAUUCUUUUCAUGUACAUGAAGCCCAAGUCCAAAAACUCCCAUGGAACAGAUGAGCUAAUUGCUCUCUUCUACGCUAUUGUUAUUCCCAUGCUGAAUCCCAUCAUCUACAGUCUGAGAAACAAGGAUGUAAAGCAAGCAGUGAAAAAGUUGAGUAAAAAUAUCUUCUCACAAGGAACAUGAAAGACCAGCCAUAUAGGAACAACUACUCAUCCAAAGGAGAUAAACAACCUAUGUUUAGAGUAAACCCUUCAAAACACAAGAGUUGAUUAAUACAACAUAAGCCUAGUCCCAAUCAUCUUCCAUGGACAUCCCACUUCACCAAAGUCAUCUGCAACAAACAAAAAACAAAUCUUUCAAGGGAGAGCAGUAAAGAAUAUUGGUAAAUUGGGGAAAAGGUUUCCUUCCCUAGUGUGUUUCCCUAGGCAAGAUUUUAGAAAGGAGUCAUUGAAAAAACCUGAAAAAAAUCAGAAUUCAAAAUCUGUAAAUUUCUUUAAAUGGUUUAAUUUCCUUUCAUGAAAGCGUCACCUUAGCUAUUCCGUUUUAUUUCCCAUGAUUAUCCAAGUACUAAGAACACUCUAUGCCAUCAGGCCGAUCUCCUCACAAUCCCACACAUGUCAUACUUACUUCUAUGUCUCAACCUUUCCUCCUGUUGCUUGCUCUAUCAGAAAUGUCUUUCCUUUUCUUCUCCACUAAAUCCAAUAUUGCUCAUCCUUCAAAAUUCAAAGUCUUUCUUUCUGAAACCCACCUCUUCUUUGAAUUUCUUUCCAUAUGCUUAGAUUUUAAUGCUCUUUUUAAUCUUGUCAAAUGAU